AUGGUGCUAUCUCAACACCCCCCCUGUGUCCGUUUCAGCUAUGCGCUGUACGAUGAGGAUGGGGUGAAGAUUCCCCAGGACGUGGUGGAACGCGUAGAGAGGGUGUUCGAAGAGAUGCUGGAAGAGACUCGCCAAAUUUGCAAGAACACGAGCGAGGACAUGAACAUGGAGCAUGCCUUGGCUCUGGUGGAGCAGCGCAGGCCGGACCUGACACUACAGGGUGUGGAGCGGCAGGUGCUGCAGUGGUACCUGUGCCGCAUGGAGGGGUGGUUCGCUACAGACUUGAAGAAUCUCUCUGCCAAAUGCUGGGAGGAGGAGGAUCUAGUGGAGGGGGGUCACGGCCUCAUGGUUAACGGCUACCUGCCUGUGCUGGACGCCCUAGCUGCUGGGCUGGACAUUCGUUUUAAUCACAGAGUGGUCAACAUUGACUGGUCCUCGUCACAGGAUCUGGAUAGAUCAGUAUCCGGAGGGAUAGGAACAGCAGGGGAGGUGCUGGCUAUGAGGGUAGAGGCAACAGGCGUAGGUGCAGCAGUGCAGGCAGGGCAGCAGCAGGGCAGCCAUCAGUGUAACAGACUCACCGAGCAGGGUUCCGCUAACCACCGCAUACCAUGUGCUAGUCUCAGGUGCACUGGGUGUAGAGAGUGCGUUUUCGGCAGUAGUAACAGUAUGCACGACACCAGAAGCGGAAUUAGCAGCACAUGUAACCCUGUAAGUCCUGCUGCUGCGGAUGCACGCUGCUCGCCUAGCUGUCACAUGUCCCAGAAUCCCGGUUCUUGCACUAGUGAAGCUGUAGCUGACGUCAGUAUGCCGUGUAGACCCGGUGUCCACGUCACCACGGCUGACGGCACCAUCUUCUCCGCUGACGUGGCGGUUGUCACCCUGCCAGCUGGCGUUCUGCGGUUGUCUGUGGGCCACGUAGGCAGCUCAAAUCAGGAGAUUCCCUUAGCUGAGUCAGCCAAUGGUGAUAAUCGCAGCAACUGUAGCAACUGCAGCAACUGCAGUAACGGUAACGGCAGUAACAGCUGUAAAUGCAGUAGCAGCAGCAGAAUAGGCAGCAGCAGCAACACCCAUCCGUCCACCACCCCUACCCACCCCAACCGCAUCCACUUCUCCCCUCCUCUCCCGCCAUCCAAAUGCACCGCUCUCCACUCCAUCGGAGUCGGAAUCGAGAACAAAAUCGCGCUCCUCUUCCCCUCCUGCUUCUGGCCCUCGGUGGAAUUCCUGGGAGUGGUAGCAGACACACCCUACGCAUGCAGCUACUUCCUGAACCUGCACAAGGCCAGCCAGGGCGAGAGGGCAGUGCUGGUGUUCAUGCCGGCAGGGCGGCUGGCAGAGGAGAUGGAGGGGAUGGGGGAGAGCGAGGCUGUGGCGUUCACCAUGCUGCAGCUUAGGAAGAUUCUGCCCCACGCGCCUGAACCUAUCCAGGCGCACAUCACCACGUGGGGAUUCAGGCACGCAUCACCACGUGGGGGUCAGAUCCCUUCUCCCUCGGAUCCUACUCCUACGAUGCAGUGGACGCCCCUCCUGACGUCUACGAUUCCCUCCGCGCCCCCCUCCCUCCCCUCUUCUUCGCCGGGGAAGCCACCUCACGCGCCCACCCUGGCACUGUUCACGGCGCGUUCUCCACCGGGCGGCAAGCUGCAAGAGAGGCGGCGGAAUUCGUCCGGUUGUUGGGUUUCGGGGAAGGGCCGAGGAUGGUAA